AUGUCCCACAGCGUAUUCCUUGGAGCGUCUACUGGUAUCGGAUACUAUGCCCUGCUGCAGUAUCUUACAGACUCGCCCACAACCACCGCCACUGUCCUCCUCCGCAAGCCAGACCCCUUCAAGGCGGACCCGAGUUUGAAAGAGUUUCUCGACGCGGGCAGGGUACAGAUAGUGAAAGGUGACGCUACCAAUGAAGAUGAUGUCAAAAAGCUCUUUGUGCAAGAUGCUGCCUAUGUCAUUUCGACUAUCGGCGGCAAACCGCAUAUGACGCUUCAUGGCGCAGUCAAUGACCAGCCUACCCUGUGUACCGACGCCGCCCUCGUUCUCUUACACGUUCUCGCAUCCCUUCACGCCCAAGGCAGGAAACUCCCCAGGGUCGUCACCGUCAGUACGAUGGGUUUGGGCGAGAACCACAAAGUCAUGCCUCUCGCUUUACGCAUACUGUACGCCUGGCUCCUCCACUCCCCGCACCAAGACAAACUAGGCCUCGAACUACUCCUCCAACGCGCCUCAUCCGUCCUCCCCACCCCUCCCCAAUCCACUUUCGCCACACUCCCCUUCCUCUCUUCUUCCUCCGUCUCCAGCGUGAAAGAAAACUUUCUGCCUGAAGUCAUCAUCAUCCGCCCAGCACUGUUUGCGGGUGAAGAACCGGCAAAGGGAAGGGAAGUGACGAAAGUCGGGGAGCAGGUGACGACGUAUACGAUCAGGCGGAGGGAAGUCUCGAGGGUUAUUGUGGAGGACUUUUUGGGGGAGAGUGAGUGGGUGAAUAGGUUGCCUAUGAUCGGGUACUAG